UUUUCAAAUACGAUUUGUUUCAGACGAUAACAAUAUAUGACGUCAUUAUUGAUCGAUGACGUCACCAGUGUAUCGUACGCCUCCGAUCACUUGACAUUCCUCGGCCAAGACAGCUGUCAAGCAUUACACGUUGCCAGUCCCCCACCAGCCAAGAAAAGCGCCUCCCUGUGAAGCCAGCGAGGAUGCCGGAGGGGUCUGAUGCUGGCCAGGUGCUAAAGGAGGUGCUCCCACGGAAGGGCUUGCUCUAUCAGGAAGACUCUUCUCCGCUGGCCUUGUGUCGCCCAAAACUCAUGCCCCUUAAGUCAGUCACGCUGGAGAAGCUGGAGGCUAUGCAAAAGGCUGCUCAGGAGAAGGGGCGGCAGCAGCAGGAGGAACAACUUGAACGGCAGGCCACUGCCCCGGCCAAUGGUUCCAGGAUCUUUUGAUACGCUACAGCUAUUUCAUAUUUUUAUUUCUUUUUCUUUUUUCAUUCUUUCUUUACAAGCUCUCAAAAGAUUGUGUUGCACUGAUUUUCAUUAUUUGUGUGGAGAUUUUUCUUGGUGUUAUAGCCUGAAAACUUCUUUAACUAACUUAAGGACAAGCACCCAAAAGUGACUCC